AUGGCGAAUAUCAUGCUGGGAAAAGCGGCUGAAGUUAAGUUAUCCCAAAUUCCUCUUUCAAAUGACACCAUCAGCGACAGAAUAGAGGACAUGAGCAAAGACAUCUUGGCUCAAAUAGUUGCAGAUCUGAUUUCAAGCCCGGCAAAAUUCAGCCUUCAACUCGAUGAGACCACAGACGUCUCCAAUCUAAGCCAGCUUGCAGUAUUCGUGCGCUAUGUGAAAGACGACGUGAUAAAGGAAGAGUUUUUAUUUUGUAAGCCUCUUACAACAACAACUAAGGCAGCCGAUGUGAAGAAACUUGUGUAUGACUUCUUCAAAGACAACAAUCUUUCGUGGGAUAUGGUUUCUGCAGUUUGUUCGGAUGGAGCUCCAGCCAUGCUGGGAAGAAAGUCUGGUUUUGGUGCGCUAGUGAAAGCCGAUGCACCACACAUCAUUGUUACGCAUUGUAUUCUGCAUAGGCAUGCAUUGGCAACAAAAACCUUGCCUCCAAAACUGGCAGAAGUAUUAAAAAUUGUAGUGGAAUGUGUGAACUAUGUGCAAAAUAGUGCUCUGAGGCACCGCAUCUUCAGGGAGCUGUGUAAAGAAAUGGGAUCUGAAUUUGAGUUACUUCUGUACCAUUCCAACGUUCGGUGGUUAUCCCGGGGACAGGUGUUGAAUCGUGUUUUUGCCGUGCGUGUGGAAUUAGCCCUGUUUUUGCAAGAGCACCAACAUUGUCAUGCAGAUUGCUUCAAAGAUUCUGAGUUCAUUCUCAUUUUAGCGUACAUGACUGAUAUCUUUGCAGCUCUAAAUCAUCUCAAUCAACAGAUGCAGGGCGGUGGAGUCAACAUCAUCGAAGCGGAAGAAAACCUGAAGGCUUUUCAAAAAAAGCUACCGUUAUGGAAACGACGAAUAGAGAACGAUAACUUCGCAAACUUUCCCCUGCUAGACGACUGUGUAAGUAAGAUCGAAGAUGUAUCUGGAAUCAGAGACAUUUCUGUACCCACGGAACUGAAGCAAGCAAUUGCCACGCACUUAGUUGAGCUUGCAACGUCUCUUGAUGGAUACUUCCCUACAAGAGAGUCAUAUCCAGCAUGGGUGAGACAGCCGUUCACAUUUAGUGUUGAGACAACAGAUGUCAAUGAUGAAUACCUUGAUGAAAUCAUUGAACUUCAGCAGAGCCAGGUUCAACAGCAACUCUUCAGAACAACAACGCUCUCAACGUUUUGGUGUCAACAAAUGGUAACGUACCCUGUUAUUGCUAAGAAAGCUCUGGACUUUUUCAUACCGUUUGUUACAACAUAUCUUUGCGAGCAAUCCUUUUCAAGGAUGCUGGACAUAAAAACGAAGAAAAGGAACAGACUUUGUUGCGAAAAUGACAUGAGAGUGGCACUUGCCAAGGUAAAGCCGCGCAUUUCUGACCUGGUCUCUGAAAGACAACAGCAGAAGUCACACUGA